GCAAACCCUCUUUGAAAACCCUCGAUUUUGAGGGUAUUGUUGUAGGUUUCUCUCUCUUCUUCUUCUUCUCUUUUUCUUUUUGAUCGGUUCUCUUCUUCUUCUCUUGAAAGUGAAGAAGUGAAAGCUAUAACGUAAAUCAGAACUUGCAAGGAAACCCUAAUUCGAACUUUUUCGAUUCAAGUGAAAUCACUUUUGCUAUCUUUUUCUUAAAUCGAAAAAAACAGGAGGAAAAAUGGUUUCUGAUGCAAGUAAGAAGAAAGCUGCUCAAAAGAAAGCAGCAGCAGCUGCUAAAAGAGGAGGAAAAUCAGCGGCGGCUACUUCAAAGUCGGCUUCUAAUGGUGCUCUUGAUAAGUUAGCGAAUGGAGUUGAAAAUAUUGAAAUAUCUGAUCGUACUUGUACUGGUGUACUCUGUUCUCAUCCUAUGUCAAGAGAUAUCCAUAUAGAGUCUUUAUCUGUUACCUUCCAUGGUCAUGAUCUCAUAGUGGAUUCUGAAAUGGAGCUUAAUUAUGGCAGGCGUUACGGUUUGCUUGGUUUGAACGGUUGUGGAAAGUCUACUCUCUUAACUGCAAUUGGAAAAAGGGAGCUUCCUAUUCCGGAUCAUAUGGAUAUUUACCAUCUUAGCCGGGAGAUUGAAGCUUCUGACAUGUCCUCCCUGGAGGCUGUUAUAAAUUGUGAUGAUGAGAGGCUGAAAUUGGAAAAAGAAGCUGAACGUUUGGCCGAACAGGAUGAUGGUGGUGGAGAAGCUCUAGAUCGUGUUUACGAACGGUUGGAGUCUUUGGAUGUUGCAACAGCUGAGAAACGUGCAGCUGAAAUUCUGUUUGGUCUUGGUUUUGACAAGAAUAUGCAAGCCAAGAAAACACGGGAUUUUUCUGGUGGAUGGCGAAUGAGGAUAGCACUAGCAAGAGCUUUGUUCAUGAAACCAACCAUUCUUUUACUUGAUGAACCUACAAAUCAUCUUGAUUUGGAGGCCUGUGUGUGGCUGGAAGAGACAUUGAAGGACUUCGAUCGUAUCCUGGUUGUGGUGUCCCACUCCCAAGAUUUCUUGAACGGUGUUUGCACGAACAUCAUUCACAUGCAGAGUAAAAAGCUGAAGUUUUUCUCUGGUAAUUAUGACCAAUAUGUGCAAACUCGCGCAGAACUUGAAGAGAACCAGAUGAAGAAGUACAAGUGGGAACAAGAGCAGAUUGCAGAUAUGAAAGAGUACAUUGCUCGUUUUGGUCAUGGUUCUGCAAAGCUUGCCCGUCAGGCACAAUCUAAGGAAAAGACCUUGGCAAAGAUGGAACGUGGUGGAUUGACAGAGAAGGUGACAAGAGACCAGGUUCUUGUGUUCCGCUUUACCGAUGUUGGUAAGCUCCCUCCUCCAGUACUCCAGUUCUCAGAGGUGUCGUUUGGUUACUCUCCCGAGGCUCCCAUUUACAAGAACAUUGAAUUUGGUGUGGAUCUGGACUCGAGAAUUGCACUUGUGGGACCCAAUGGAGCUGGGAAGAGUACUCUGCUGAAGUUGAUGACCGGAGAUUUGAGGCCUGAUGAUGGAAUGGUCAAGCGCCACAAUCACCUUAAGAUUGCUCAGUUCCAUCAGCACUUGACUGAGAAGCUCGACAUGGAUGUGUCUGCACUCCAGUAUAUGAUGAAUGAAUAUCCUGGAAAUGGGGAAGAAAAGAUGAGGGCUGCAAUUGGUAAUUUUGGCCUGACAGGAAAAGCACAAGUGAUGCCCAUGAAUAACUUGUCCGAUGGUCAGAAGGCUCGGGUUAUAUUUGCAUGGUUGGCAUGGAGACAACCUCACAUGCUAUUGCUUGAUGAGCCUACGAAUCAUCUUGACAUUGAGACAAUUGAUUCUUUGGCCGAGGCACUGAAGGAGUGGGAUGGUGGGCUUGUUCUUGUUAGCCACGACUUUAGGCUCAUCAACCAGGUGGCCAAAGAGAUAUGGGUAUGUGAGAACCUGAAGGUAACACCAUGGAGAGGCGAUAUUAUGGAGUUCAAGCAGCACUUAAAGAAGAAGGCUGGUUUAUAAGGUGGUUAUAGAACCUGAAGCAGUGCCUUCCAAAGGUAGGACUUGAGCAUGAGGUGUGGGUAUGAGGAGAAGGGAAGGAGUUCUAAAUCGUUCGGUUAAGUAUAAUUAUAUUGGGGGAUGAUGACGAGAUCAAGAAAGAAGAGAACUGCAGUAACUGGAUAUAGAUUGGUCGCCAAUUGGUUGACAGGUUCGGGUUUUCUGCCGGAAUUCUUUUUUACUGUUAUUAUUAUCAUUUUUUUUCCUUCUCUUUUUAAUAUGUUUUAAAUUUAACUACGAAAGGAGAUAAACAUGAGUCCUUUUUUUAUAGUAGAUAGGGGAUUUUGUUGUUCUGAAAAAGCUAUAUUAUGUUUGUUCCAUUCAACCUCUGAAAAACCUAUAUUAUGUUUGUUCCACUGAACCUAAACUUUGAAUUGCAGUC